AUGUCUACUCAAUCAGGUAUAGUAUCAUCAGAAGGACUCUUAGACACAUUUAAGAAUUUCAAAAGUGGUUCUUUUGUAAUUAAAGUCUCAUCUGAUAAUACGCAACUAAUCGUUGAUGAUGAAUUUCAAUCUAAGGAGACAGAUGUAUCAAAAGCAUUGCUAGAAUUGAACAAAUAUAUCUCGGGAAUAUAUCCGCAUCCAGUUUAUAUUAUACUUGCGCUUUCAUCAACUCUGAAUUCUAACUCCGAUUAUGCUUUCAUCAGUUUUAUCCCUGAUGUUGCACCAAUUCGUGAAAAAAUGCUUUAUGCAUCCACUAAAAAUACGCUAUUAACUCAAUUGGGCUCAAAUAAUUUUAGCAAAUCACAUAUAUUUGCUUGGACGGAACUAGAUGAGUUAAGUUUUGAGAAUUUCAAACAUUCAUCGGAGGUGCAAGAGGAUGGUCCUUUGACUCAUGAAGAAAAGACAUUACAAGAAGUGAAUUCGUUACAGGGAUUAACUUUAGCUGAAUCAGGAGCUAGAAGAAGCAACGAUACUGCUUACAAGAAGAAAUUGGCAUCUAUGCAUGAUCCUUCGUCGACAAGCGGAGGUGUAUUGAUGUUUACAGUUGAUUCAGAGUUGGAAUCUGAAUUUAAGGUCUUGUCUCAAAACACUGAUAAUGGAAAAUUAAUAAUAUUUGGUAUUAAUUUAGACAACGAAGGAAUGGAAUUGAUUUCCUCGACCACGGGUGUGAAAUCAGCAUCUUUAGUAAAUGAUUUAGAGUCUGUAACGGAGAAGCGGGGUGCUCAUCCUCUUUUUGCCCUUUACAAUUACUCCACAAAUAAAUUUGCAUUCGUAUAUUCAUGUCCUUCUGGUUCUAAAGUUAAGGAAAGAAUGGUUUAUGCGUCUAAUAAGCAGGGCUUAAUUAAUCACUUGAGGGAUAUCACCGAAUCUGAUGAGUUGCUGAUAGACAAAAUUUUCGAGAUUGGCGAUUUAGAUGAACUAGAAGUAAAUGAACUUGAAAUCUCACAGAAUGAAGAGAAAAACCCUGCAUCUACUACAAGAAAUGGGUUGAAGUUCACCAAGCCUAAGGGACCUCGUCGUAGGUAG